CCUGUUGAUCUGGGUUGCCUCUUGCACAAGAAAGCGAGUGGAAGGCUCCGGCGACGGGAAGGAGGAGAGGAAAGACAGACUAAUAACGAUGGCGCCCGAACCAGAGGAUGAGAUCAAUGAGAAGAAUCCGCGCCCUCUUGAUGAGGACGAUAUCGCCCUUCUGAAGACCUACGGCCUUGGUCCUUAUUCUAACAGCAUAAAGAAAGUAGAGAAGGAGAUUAAAGAGAUGGCGAAGAAAGUCAAUGAUCUAUGUGGAAUCAAAGAGUCCGAUACAGGCUUGGCUGCACCCAGUCAGUGGGAUCUUGUUUCUGACAAGCAGAUGAUGCAAGAAGAGCAGCCUCUUCAGGUUGCAAGGUGUACGAAAAUAAUCAACCAGAAUUCUGAGGAUGCAAAGUAUGUCAUAAACGUCAAGCAAAUUGCAAAGUUUGUUGUUGGAUUAGGAGACAAAGUUUCCCCAACUGAUAUUGAAGAAGGCAUGCGUGUUGGAGUUGAUCGAAACAAAUAUCAAAUUCAGAUUCCUUUGCCACCAAAGAUCGAUCCAAGUGUCACAAUGAUGACUGUUGAGGAAAAGCCAGAUGUAACCUAUAACGAUGUUGGUGGUUGCAAGGAACAAAUUGAAAAGAUGAGGGAGGUUGUUGAGCUCCCCAUGCUUCAUCCUGAAAAAUUUGUGAAGCUUGGAAUUGAUCCUCCUAAGGGGGUGCUUUGCUAUGGCCCUCCUGGAACUGGGAAAACACUACUUGCCAGAGCCGUCGCCAACCGAACUGAUGCAUGCUUUAUACGUGUCAUUGGAAGUGAACUUGUCCAGAAAUAUGUUGGAGAGGGAGCUCGGAUGGUUAGAGAGCUUUUCCAGAUGGCCCGGUCAAAAAAGGCAUGCAUUGUCUUCUUCGAUGAAGUAGAUGCAAUUGGUGGUGCACGAUUUGAUGAUGGUUUAGGUGGAGAUAAUGAAGUGCAGCGCACAAUGCUUGAAAUUGUGAAUCAGCUGGAUGGAUUUGAUGCUCGAGGGAACAUCAAAGUUCUCAUGGCAACAAACAGACCUGACACGUUGGAUCCUGCACUUCUUCGUCCUGGACGGCUUGAUCGUAAAGUUGAAUUUGGAUUGCCUGAUCUAGAAAGUCGGACGCAAAUCUUCAAGAUCCACACCAGAACAAUGAACUGUGAGAGAGACAUCCGUUUUGAGCUCCUUGCUCGGCUCUGUCCCAACUCUACUGGGGCUGAUAUAAGAAGCGUGUGCACAGAAGCUGGAAUGUACGCCAUCAGAGCACGUAGGAAGACAGUAACCGAGAAAGAUUUUCUUGAUGCCGUAAACAAGGUUAUUAAAGGCUAUCAAAAGUUCAGCGCGACACCCAAGUAUAUGGUGUACAAUUAAAUCCGAACUUCAGAGAAGUUGGUGUUAAAUCUUCUCGAUCGAGGAAGCUGUGCUUGUGGUUAUAUGUGAUACUCUUAGAGACGAAGUACACGAGCAAAAAAUGUGUUUUUAUUUUUGCUGAUGCUUUGCCUAUUGCAGUUCUUUAUUGAUUAAUAGUCUGUUUUCAAUGAUAAAUCGUGCUUUCUUGUAAAAUCGUCACUGCCACAUGGCUGAGCCGUAGUUAAAAGAACUUAAACUUGGCUGGGGAAGCAGGUUUUGGCUAUAUAUGUUUCUUUUGUUUUCGA